AUGAGUUCUUCCAGGAAUCAUCGCUUGCCAAAGGUGUUGAGUCAUCAGUUGAAGAUGCCCAUCUGUUCCUGCACCAUCCGUUGCGACUGCAUCAUCAGCAGCCUUACCGAGGAGACCUUGCAUGCGGCACCGGAUUAUCUUAAGAAGGACGCUAUCCGCUGGAACUCCGCUGCCCAUCUCUACGACGAGCUGCGAAUCGGCCAUGCUCUAUUUGGUAAUCGAUUCCAUGAUAUUGAAAAGAGAGAUCGACGAGAGAAGUGCAGGAGUCAAUACCACUCCCCGGAACACUCGCCAAAACUUCAUCGCCGUCGUUUGUCCCACAGUCACUUAUUUUUUGGAGGCAAUGACCAGGCUAGAAGCCUUUUGAGAAAGAAUUCCAGUUUUUUCAACGAAUCGCCAUGUCACUUGGGCAAUCCUAGUCAAAUCUCUUUACUCUGUGCUUUGAAGGAGAAGUUGCCAAUUACAAAAAUGUAG